AUGGCGAUCCGCGAGGACCUCGUGGCCUCUGCGGCUCAAUUUCUGCAGGAUCCUAGUGUGGCCUCAUCUACCGUCGAGAACAAGGUUUCUUUCUUGCGAUCGAAAAACCUGACCCAAGAGGAGAUCAACAUCGCUCUGGCCCGAGUCGGUAACGGUCCAGCACCUCCAGCUGCCGGUUCUCAAUAUGGCCCUCCUGCUGGGCCCCCGCAACAGUACUAUCCACCCUAUCCCCAGCAAGCAUGGCAAACUCCCGCCCCAAUGCCACGAAGAGACUGGCGAGACUGGUUCAUCAUGGCCACUGUCAUGAGCGGGGUCGGCUACGGCCUCUACUCGCUCACCAAGCGCUACGUGUACCCCCUCAUUGCACCUCCGACACCAGAAAGGCUGGAGCAGGACAAGAAGUCGAUAGAGGAGCAGUUUGACAAGGCCUUUGCAUUGGUCGAGCAAUUGGCCAAGGAUACCGAGACGCUCAAGGAAGCCGAGCAGCAAAGGAGCGAAAAACUAGAUUCUGCUCUCGCCGAUCUCGAGACAGUCAUGGCUGAUCUGAAAGCUGCCAACCGCCGUCGCGAAGACGAUGCCCAGCGCCUUCGUGAGGAUGUUGUCGCUUUGAAGGACGCCAUCCCCAAGGCUAUGGACAACCAGAGAAGCCUGACCGAUAAUCGCCUAUCCGAGCUCAACACAGAACUAGUCAGCCUCAAGACCCUCGUUUCCCAACGGAUGGCGGCCAGUUCGUCACCCGCCAACAGCAACUCUUUCGCCCGUCAAGCAGGCAGUAGUACUCUCGUCCCGAGUCGAUCCAUCACGCCGUCGGCACCAACCGUUGAAUCCGCGCCGGAACCUGCUAGCACAUCGGCUUCAUCUGCUGAGCCUCCCAAAAACCUAGCCCCGAGCAGCUUCAGCCGACCUUCCACAUUGUCGAGCAGUAACGCUUCCAAUAAGGCCUCCAUUCCUGCUUGGCAGAUGGCAGCGGCCCAGUCUGCGUCCAGCUCAUCAGGCGCCAAGGAGACCGAGGGCAGCAGCAAAGAGUGA